GCUGGACUCCAAGACACCAAUAUGACUGAACGCUUUGACUGCCACUACUGCAAAGAGUCCCUGUUUGGUAAGAAGUACAUCCUGAGGGAGGACAGCCCGUACUGCGUGAAAUGUUACGAAAACCUGUAUUCCAACACCUGUGAGGAAUGCAAAAAACCUAUUGGUGCUGACUGCAAGGAUCUGUCUUACAAGGACCGUCACUGGCAUGAAACCUGCUUCCAGUGCUUCCAGUGCAAGAAUUCUUUGGUGGACAAACCUUUUGCUGCAAAAGAGGAACAUCUGCUUUGUACUGAUUGCUACUCCAACGAAUACUCUUCCAAAUGUAAUGAGUGCAAGAAGACUAUUAUGCCAGGUACUCGGAAGAUGGAAUACAAGGGCAACAGCUGGCACGAGACCUGCUUCAUCUGCUACCGCUGCCAACAGCCUAUUGGCACAAAGAGUUUCAUUCCUAAGGACAAUCAAAACUUUUGCGUCCCUUGCUAUGAGAAGCAGUUCGCCAUGCAGUGCGUCCAGUGCAAGAAGGCUAUCACUACAGGAGGUGUUACUUACCGGGACCAGCCGUGGCAUAAGGAGUGCUUCGUUUGUACUGGAUGCAAGAAGCAGUUGUCCGGACAACGCUUUACUUCCAGGGAUGAGUUCGCUUAUUGCCUGAGCUGCUUCUGCAACCUCUAUGCCAAGAAGUGUGCUGGAUGCACGAACCCAAUCAGCGGACUUGGAGGAACGAAGUACAUCUCCUUUGAAGAACGGCAGUGGCAUAAUGAUUGCUUUAACUGUAAGAAGUGCUCUCUCUCGUUAGUGGGUCGCGGUUUCCUCACGGAAAGGGAUGACAUCCUUUGCCCUGAAUGUGGGAAGGAUAUUUAAAGCUCCAAGUAAGA